AUGAAGCCAACGACUCCCCCAGCGACUAACCACGUUGCUAGAGAAGAUAUCCCAGUUCUAAUGCAAAGAAAGAACUUCCUUUCGCAUCUGCGUAGCCAAAUCCCAGGAGUAAUCUUCAACAACAAGAAGCAUACAUCGCUCAGAGGAGCCGUGGAUGGCUUUCCAUGGACGACGUUCCCUCUAAAACUCUGCGGUGCCAAGAUAAAAAGCUGCUCGGCAACUCUCAACACUGUUGAUGAUGUUGAUGUUGGCGAAGCAGCCCUACCUAUUUGGGGGGGAGUACUUCAGCACCGGGUGCAGCAAGUUUACUGCAUGGAAAAACAUCAAUGGUUUGAUUCCACAUCAAUCCCAACAAAACCUUUCAUCUGCUCCAAGCCAGUGAAUUGGUACCAAAGUUCCCCGAGAGGAUAA